AUCCUGGCGGAAAUGCCAAAUCUGGUACACGCGAUUGCGACUCUGAUCAAAUGUAUUGCUUUUUACGUGGCGAUGUGCGGGUUGAGGGUGCUUGUUGUUGAUGCACUCAAAGUGGAUCUGGGGCCUACCGCCAAAGCUUUCAUGGAAGGCUCGCAGAAUCACUUCAAAGCACCAACAUUCCAAGCCCAAGGAGGGAACUGGUCAAACGACGACUUGGGACAGGAGAAGCGCGAGGUCUAG